AUGCAUGGCAUGAGUUUGGGCGGGCGGGCGAGGGAAGCUCCCCUGGCAGCGAUUGGUGGCGAGGUCGACGUUGCUCGCCGACCCGAUGCCGCUAUCAUCACGCUGCCGUCGCUGGCGAAUGGCCUCGUCGCCGGAGACACCGGCUGUUGUGGGCUGAUCUUAGCCUAA